AGAAACUCUUGUGGCCUGGACGGAUCCAGCCUUACCAGCAUUUGUGGAUCCUCCAACGGUACAUCCCGCUGACAAUAUACCUGAAGGUGAUUCCAUGACAAUCCUCUGUCUGGCUUUGGGAAAUCCUGCUCCCACUAUUUCAUUAUAUGUUGGUGGACAUUUAGUGCGUCAGGAUGCCUCAAGACAUAUGGUUACGGUUAUACACAAUGUGACCGCAGAUAUGGAACAUGUUUCGUGUUAUGCCGAUAACGGAUAUGGUGUGCCAAUGCAGGCCACUCGGAAAGUUAAUAUUUGCUACCCUCCCAAAAUCCAAGCCGCCGGCAUAACAGUGGCCUCGGUGGGCAAUGAAGUGGAACUGCGCUGUCUAGUCGAUUCGAAACCCAAACCAAAAACUAUUUUCUGGCGUGAUCAUGAUGGCCGCAUACCGGUCAUUGAGGGUGGAAAUUAUCACAUUAUGGAACGUAUCAAUGAAUCACAUCCGAAUUUAUAUACGAUGGUGUUGCGCAUUCACAAAUUGCAAGCUAGCGAUGUUGGCGACUAUUUCUGUCAUGCUGAAAAUCCAUAUGGUUCCAAGACCAUACCGGUGUCGGUACGGAUGCGCACCACCCCAGCCCUCAAUCAUAAUGUUACGGAAUGUUGUGCCCAACUGAAUGUUUCGAUGACGUGUCGCAGUGCCUGCAGUUAUUAUGUCGAUAUUGAUGCUAUAGCUGAUAAACCUGAAUGUAUUGUCGAAUUUGAUAAAAUGAUGCGUUGUGCCGCUGACGGUUCAGAUCAUCGUAGUUGUUGUGCUGAUUCGAAUGUACCACGUAAAUGUCUGAAUUGGUGUCGUGGCGAACCAGUUCGUUCUAAGGAAAUUUGUAGUCUGCAGUAUGCAAGAACUAUUGUGGAAUGUUUUGAAUCGAAUAGGGAUCGUUUGCCUGGACCACCGGAAAAUAUUGCCGUUAGUGUGAUAUCGGAUAGUGAGGUGGUUAUAAA